UGUUGCUAUACCUCUCUCCAUUUGCUGUACCUGUGAUAGUAUGAUCUGUCCCUUCCCCCAAGGUAGCCUCUCUUGCUUUCUACUCUGGGGAAUAUCUGGGAAUUACUCCACACAGCUCUAUCUCCCUACUGAGUUACUUAUUCUUUAUCAUAGAUGCAUUUGUUUUCUGUAUGGAGUGAUUUGGAAAGAAUGUUUUUAUUCAAACUGUAAAUCUAUGGAAGAUCAGUAAAAUAGAUUAAGGGUCAAAAUUAAAUUAUGUUAAUUCCUCACUGGACAAACCUUUGUCUGAACUUCCUUUAGCGUUUUUUUUCUGUAGGGACAAAAUCUCAUCAAUACCCACAGGUGCAACUAGUUGUGUGGAUGUAUCUUCUCAACAUCCUGUUUUACUGAUCUUUGACUAGUGCUUUCCAAACCUUGGUUUAAACUUCAGUGGUCUUAUGAAGACAUACUUGGUCUCUUGAUGCUGUCUUUUUUUUUCUUCUUUUUUUUUUUUUUUUUCCUGCUGUCUAGCUCCUGGGAAAGCCUAACAGGGGACCCUUUCCUGAUUCUACUUUGCAAGCAAUAGCUGCAGUUACCACAAAGACUUUUUUUCUAUCACUAAGAGCUGCCCACAAGCCAAUUGCUCUGUUAAAAUGUGGCCUGUGCUAUUAGGCCAGGAAUUGUUAAUAAUGCCUGAAGAGGCUUCUGCCUAAAGGCAGAAGUGCCUCCGUCUGGUUUCUGGAUUUGAAAUCCUUGUGUAGAUGCUGAAAUAGCUUUGCAAGCAUUGAAAUUUUACUGAGAAUCCCUGGGCAUCGAGAUUCGUGCCUGCCUUCCUUUUAUGUAUUGCUGGGAGUAAUUUCUAUUACAGACUGUUCUGCCUUGUCUUUCAAUACUCAUAGUACUAUUUUAAGGACAUAACCUUUAGGCAUCUACUAAUAGAAAGGUUUGUUCUUAAAAAGAAAACAAGUCUAUUAGUAGGUAAUGACUGCUUACGUGUUAUCAAACCCUGAUACUGGUUCAGAUGCUUUGAAUAGAUUCUCAGACAUACGGUUGAUUAUUUUUUUUUAAUCUUUGACCAGAAAUUUGAAACACGUCAAUACAGACUCCCUACUAUUUUCAUUUGAUCUUGACUAAUUUUGAUCUAUUAUAUUCCUUCAUAAGUAUACUCAUGUUUUUUGCUGAAACUAAGGCUUCUGGUCGCCUCAUACUGUCCUCAGCAACAGAAGUGACUUCUUGUUCUAUCCUGUGAUACAGGGGACUGAUGAAGGAAAACUCUGAAAUUGCAGAAUUUGUAAUUAAGACUUAGCAUGAGGCUUAGGAGAUCCUUGUUCUUGCUCGCUUCUCUCUGCGCUGUCUUAGGGUUUUGGGUAGGUCAUAGAAUCUCUCUGUACCUCAGUUCCUGUUUGUGAAAUGGGAAUGCUGUUCAGCUGACUGUCUGGAGAGAGAUGUGGGACUGUUCCUUGGAAAGCAUUAAUGUCACAGGUUUGCAAGAGAGGUAAGACUGUUGUGAGGCUGGUAGUAAGCACAGGAGAGACUGGCGGCAAGCUCCUAGAAAGUAGGGAGGAUCAAAAACCAGAAUUCAUGCUGAAGUAAGGGUGGCAGGAAGGAAUUCCCUCCAUCCUUGUGUCUGUUCUUAGAUCACAGCGGAUGGCACUCCAGUCCUGCUUCACCCAUUCAUUAGAGAAAAUGGGACAAAGCCAGGUGCUGCUCUUCAACUUCCAUGGCUUCCUUUGUUGAGAGAUACCUGAUAAACCAUCAGAAGUUAAUGAUCAAAAAGCUUAUCAGGGUCUUUUCAUCUAUAAAUUUAUAAGACAAAAGAGAAAUAAUAAAGCCAUUGGAUAAUUAGUAACUAGUCAGGGCCCGCCCGGUGCCACUGGGCUCAAACUACCCCAAGACCUGUACGCAGACUCAGGAAGAUGAGAAGGAGACAGGCAUGAGGGGAAGAAAAAGAGUGGAAGGGAGAGAGAGAAUUAGCCCAGACGACAACAAAAUGGGAGGAAUAGCAGCAGAGACAGAAGUGAGGAGAGAAGGAAAAUACGUAAAAAGAAUGGGGGAAAGGUAAAGGUACAGAGGAGACUAAAAGAUGUGACAGAGCUGGAAGUGGGGAAGAGAUGACAGGUAUGAGAUGUAUUGGGCCAGAAAGAAGAUUGAAUUAUUGGGAAUGCUUUCCCCACCCAGAUGGCGUCUGCACCCAGAGUACUAGGUCCCCUCCUUGCCUUAAAAAAGCUCAGAUGGAUACAGAAGACUUUCUUUGUGUGGCUAAAGAAGUAACGAUUUAGAAUCCAUUUAAAACAUAUAAGGAUUCCUUAUGUACCCGGAAGUCCUGUUGCUGUUGCUUCUGCUUGCCUUGAGGACCUUCAGCUGCAGAGGCUUUUAAACCAGCCUGUCUUGAGACCAGUGAACACUGAAGCCUAUGAAAACAGAAAUGAACAUCUGUUAGUAUGUUAGGACCUCACUAAACGCUGCAACUGGAUGCCAUGUGGAGGAUCCUUGGCUGAAUAUGGAAACCUUUCAAAUACUGAGGAGGAGGUAACUAUUCUCUAUCACUUUAUCCUGAAGGUCUUUUUCCCUUGGUCUGUUAGUAUUGUGCAUUUUAAACUGUGGGAGUCUGGACAACUAACAAAACAACAAGUCAUCUUGACAAGCUCAUGAACAAUGUUACCUUAACAAUUCAGUUUGGAGAACUCUAUCCAUUAAUAAUCACAAGAAGUCUGAUUUCUAUUUUAUUUUAAUGCUGAGUUUAAUAAAGAUUAUUUAAACAUGUUCAACUACAUUGCAUUAUCCUGCGUAAACUUAAAUACAACUUCUAGGCAUGAUUUUUUUUUUUUUUAUUUUAAUGAUUUUCUUCUCCUGAAGUAGCAGACAGUGUAGUAACACUCUGUGACAGCUAUCUUACAAAACUGGGUUCCUGGCAUUCUCCAAUAUCCUUCCAGGCAACGAUGUCUUGGGUUCCUCUAAUGGAAUUCUGUUUUAUUGGUAAAUAAUAGUUUCUCUUGAUUAACUGUUCCAAUGUAAUCCCUUCUCCCCUACAUGUUAUAAAGUAGUUGAAUUACUAAGUGGAUUAUUGAACAACUGCAUGAAAAUACAAAUGGGUAUACAACAGGAACGUUAUUCUUAUUUUAGACUUACUGGUGUGUAUCCUGCUUAUUACACUAGGGCAAACCUAAAGUAAUGGACAGCAGAGUCCUGUGAAUGGAAUGGAAGGCAGAAUAGACUUCCAAAGCCUGACUUCUUGUAUUACCAGCAUUCUUAGCUUUGAUGUUUUCAUUUACUGAAAUAUAUCCAUUAUUGAGUGUAUAUAUCCAAUAUAUCCAUUAUUUCACAUGAUGAAAAAUACAGUAAUUUGCUGGGGUAAAGCCAGUGUAAUGUGGCUUAAAAAAACAUACAGAGAAGGAAAAACCCUAAAUAUAUUUAUGAUAAAAGUGCUAGCAGAGGGAGCCUGUAUAGUUCCCUGAAUACAGUUGUAAAAUUGCCAUUGAAAAGAAAUACAGAGAAAUGGUUCUUUUAAUAAUUCUUCACCAUUUUACUGUUCCUCCUGCUGAGACUGCUACAUGCUUUAUUGGCCUGAAUGGCAUUAACAUCAUCCCCUCCUUGAAAUGUGAGAGUGCUAUUAUUAUAACAUUCACCCUUAUUUCUAUGGUUGGGGGAAUGAAAAGCUAUGCAAGUGCCAAAACCGAUGAUUAUUUGUGCAUUGGGAGCUUAGUUCCAAAAGGUAUGCAAAAGCAUGAAAAAUAUGAGAUAAUUGUCAUUUAUGUGUUGUUUUCAUGGGGUUGGAUUUCAGCUAUUUGUACAAACCCCAAGUAUCUCAGUGGGAGAGGACUCACUUGAAUAUAUGGGUUUAGUGUUUCAAAUAUAUAUGCAUUUACAUUUUAAUUGAGUAGUCUUUGUUGUAAAUAUAUGAUUAUAAUCGAAAAUGUGAUUUUACAGAGAAGAAAGCUAUUUUUUGCGUUGCCGCCUACUGUACUUUCAGUAGUACAACCAGAAGCAGAACCACCAAAACGUUCAGAGCCAAGAAGGGGGGAAGGCUGCCUUUUGACUGAGAUGCAGAAGUAACUUCCCAAGUUUCUCCUUACUGCAGUUUGCAGGGUUCAGUUGCAUUCAGAAGAACAAAUGUUUUACUCUUUAUCUCCAAAGACAACAUUUGUUAAACUUUGGGAGUCUUGGUGAAACUGAAGCCAAGGUGUAACAACCAUUAAGAACUGGCCUGGAUGCAGGGCUGGAAGGCAUGGUGUGACAAUGCCAUAGGGCAUCAUGGAUUUAAAUUACAGGCUCGCUCUCAACAUUCCUCUUCCUCUAUGGGGAAACAGGACUUCGCCCUUCCUCCAGGUUAUCUGUCUGUUCCCCCUUCACUUACGCACUGUUUCUAUCUUCAGGGUGAGGAUCAGACUGGAGAGCAGAGGCAGCUCUGGAGUUCAGUUAAUGAAGGAGUUUCCCACUAGGUGGUAGUGAAGAGAAUCGUGGCGCCGUACUGGUCAGUGCACAUUUUAAUUUUAUCGAGGGGAACCCCACAAGAAUUACAAGCGGAAGAGCCUAGCAUAGCUCUGAGCUAUACUGUCAAAACUGGAUUUUUUUUUUUUUUGCCUUUCCUUUCUGCUCAUUUCCAUGCUAUUUGUUCCUACCAAAACCAAGCAGCGUUGACAACUAUACCUGCCAUGUCCUUUCCUGAAAGGUGAAGUGUCAACAUGAAGCUCCUCUGGUUCUCUUUCUACCUCCAUUAUAGCAGAAUCAAGACAUGGUUAGUUAAAUGUCAUCUAAUGACAUUUAAGCAAUUUGGAGGUGAGGACUCUUUGUAGCCAGUACUUCAAUCUGAUUUUUCUCCAGCACACUUGCCUCUGGGAGCUACCCUUUCAAAUAGAAAAAGAAAGAAAAUGUUUUUGUCUGCUGCUAGUUUUGAAAUACCUUGACUGGUUUAAGUAAUGCAUCAGUCUACAUCAAAGGUUCAAGACAGAACUGGUAUUUUGGAAGGACUUUGUAAUGUCAGAGUAAACUGUUGCUAAAAUUCAAAAUAAAGCUUUCUUGUAGGUCCAAAGAAAGACUGUACAAACGAGGUGCUGAGAAAAUUAUCUGAGGAAUGCAAGCAGCACUCCAAUUUGCAGUAAGAGCAGAUGCUGGGUCUGCAAGGAGGAAUACAUUUCUCCUGUGAAUUCAUCCCACCGCUAUCUUGUAAUGAUAGAGCGAGCUUGCGAAAUCACUUAGUAGUCUAGUCAAAGCCUGAGAAGCUGAAAAAAAUUAUACUUUAAUUGCUCAUCAAGUAUAAAUCACUUGUGCCAAAUUAAUGUGCUGGAAAUUUUGCAAGGCUGAGAAAUUGGAAGCUAUUUCAGUAAGGACACAAAGCAGGGAUAUUGUUUCAUAGAUACCAAUAUCAGUUUUACAUCCUAUUCUCAGUGAAAAAAAAUUAGGAAAGGCUCUUUAGUACCAAGACAAGGGUGAAGCACUGAUUUAUCUCUCCCUGCAUGGAUUCAAAAGGAUGGAGAGGUUCUUUUUUCCUCUUGCAUUUACUUUAUCGUAAUCAGUGAAAAGAGGUGGCAUAAACAGGCAUCCCAGAGACACUGAGGUUGCACCACAGCGGAGUGAGGAUUCAAAUUAUUUGUCAGUUUUCUGAUUGUUCCUGUAGAUCUUUCUGUUGUGCUGAGGGAGAAUCAAGGCAGGGAACUUCUCCAUUGUGCAAGUCCUACCUAGAGCAUUUUUUUUAACAGGGGAUGUGUGUACCUGGGAACACCAGAAUUUCCACUAAAACAGAUCGACCAGGCUGUGUACCCCACAGCUCAAGAUUCUGAGCGUGACUCACUCCUCUCUCCUUGCAUUAUAUCCGCCAAACUUUUCUGUAUCUGCUGAGACGGGCACAAGUGCUGUGUAUGUAUGGGGUGUAGGGUGAAGGGCAAAGAGGUGUAUGGUCAAAUAGGAGAGGAAGGUUUUCAAGACAGCCCAGCCUGAGCUGGAUGAGAGGACAGGUUAGCAUUACUCACCAUCUAAUCCUUCCAGUACACCUAGCUGCCAUGACUGACGCCAGCAGGGAUCCCAGUAAGCUAGUCAGUCACAGUACUUUGAGUAUUUCCACGUCAUAGUUGGUAAAUCCAAUUCUCGAGCAGAUUUUAGUAAGUGGGUAGUGUCAAUUAUGUCAGGAGCUCUAAGGUUGUUCCUGUCCACAAAGGCCAGAGGGAGGUGAAAAUCACAGCAGGUUUGGAUGCUGAGGUGACAACCCAAAUCACUGGUUUUCAGUGCAUAAAGAUAGAGGUGUGCAGGGUGGAGAAGCACCAUCUUAAUAAUCACAAGAUUCCCAGGCAUUCCCUCCACCCAGACCAAGUCAGUCUGCAUUGCAUAUACAGCAUCUUCCUUAAGCAGCAUCCCAAAAACUUCAGGCAGCUGCAACAUGUUGCUGUUUCCCCUUUAUUGACGAAGGAGCUGAGCUACCAGAGAUGAAGUGAGCUGCCCACAAUUACAGGCAAUUGGUAAGAGAACCAAGAAGAACUUAGAUGUUCCUUACUUUUAGUCCUGUGUCAUGCCUACAUACCUGCCUAUGUUUUUGUCCAUUUAAGAAUAUAAAUGAGAUGGACAAAAUGGAAAUAAUUUAUUAAAUUUACUAAUAAACUAGAGUGGGCUCCAAAUGCCAUUUUGGAGGCAUCUGGCGUUCUCUGUAGGUGCAGUGAGAAUGUCCCAUUAAUUUUUUGGAGUUUAGCAAAGCUCUUAUUAAGGCAUAGAAUUUCUCCGUGUUGUGUGUGUGUGUUUUUUUUGUUUUUUUUUUUUCCUAACCAAACACCUGUUUUCACCAGAGCUGGGCAUUGUUCUUCUAUUUAUAUUUAAUACAGUUACAUCACCUCCAGCUGUAAGUUAAAACUGGCUCUUCUCCCUCCCACGCUAAAAGGGCCAAGGAAGGAGGCUGCACAGCCGGACUGGAACAACUGCCCUGAGCUGUGCAAAGCCCCGUCGGCACAAAUUGCUGCCAGUGAAGGAAGAGAGGUGAGGACUACUGGAGGAAACAGAAGAUGAGGUGCUGGUUCUGCAUUUGGCAGAAACAUAACCAAGGACCGAAGGUUUGGUUGCAGCACUGAAGCAAGCGGGGGGAGAAAGGCCAGACCGUUGCUGUCAGCUCCUCUGCCUGGGGCUUGGCCUGCUGGUAACGUGAGGUGUAGGAUUUUUAUUGGGUCAGAGUAUCUUGAACGUUAUUUUCUUUCCUUAAAUAUAUAUAUAUACACACACAUACACACAUUGCGCGUUUGCUCCUCUUUAUUUUACUUGCUUUGUUUAAAAGGGCACAAUGAUACCACACUGCGCAGAAGCCCACAGCGGAUGUGACUGAAACGCUGGCACUGACGGGGCUCCCUUACCUGAGGCCGGCAUCUCCCACCUCACCCCCCCGCUGCAGGAGGCCCCGCCGCAGCGCUUCCAGCUCCUCCUUGGGCGUGCAGAGGUCCCGGGCCCCGCUGCUUCCAAGGGCCGGGCCCGCCCCGGUGCUGCCCCCGCUGCCGGCGGCGGCCCCGCGGAGCCGGGCGGGCAAAGAGACGCCGGCGUGGGAGUCGCGCUUGCCCGCCCGCAGCCCGGGAUCGGCUUCUCCGGCGGAGCAGGCUCCGGCUGUCCCUCCCACCCGCUGCCCGCUCCAGCCGCCGGGCACAGGGGGCGGCGGCAGCGAACCCGCCCGCCCGCGGGGCCACGGCGGAGCCCGGGCGAGCGGCGCGGCCGGGCCCGACAACCAGCGCGCCGCCGCCUCCCCUCACCCAGGACGCCUGCGCGCGGCCGGCGGCGGCGGCACGUGAGGCUGUUGUGGGCACGUGAUCCCGCGCGCCGCCCGGCCCCGCCCCCGGCGUGCGCGAGCGCGGGGACGCGGCGCGGCCUGGCUUGGCCGCCCGGUGCCGCCGCCUCCCCGCUCCCGCCCCGCCCCUCGCCGCCGCCUCGCCGGCCAUGAGGCCCAGCCGCCGCCGGCGCCCCAGCGCGGCCCUGCGUCGCGGCUGCUGAGCCUCCGCCCUCCCCGCCACCACCAUCGCCCUCUCCGCCAUCCCCUCCCCGCCCGGGCGGGGACCCCCCCUUCGCUCCCCUCCCUCCUCACAGCCGCCGCCAUGUUGGGCCGGGAGCCGCAGCGGGGCCGCCACUGAGCCCCGGAGCCUGCGAGGCGGAGGAGGAGGCGGAGGAGGAGGCGGAGGAGGAGCCCGGGGCCCGGCCGCCCCACAGAGCCCAGCCGGCUGGCCGCCCAGCCGCAGCCAUGGCGGAGCAGACCUACUCCUGGGCAUAUUCCCUUGUGGAUUCCAGUCAAGUGUCUACCUUCCUGAUUUCUAUUCUCCUCAUAGUCUACGGCAGUUUCAGGUCUCUUAACAUGGACUUUGAGAAUCAAGACAAAGAGAAAGACAAUAGCAGCGCAGCUGGGUCUUUUAGUGGCAACAGCACCAAUAACAGUAUUCAGACCAUUGAUUCUACCCAGGCAUUGUUCCUGCCAAUCGGAGCGUCUGUGUCUCUCCUAGUUAUGUUCUUCUUCUUUGAUUCAGUUCAAGUCGUCUUUACAAUAUGCACAGCAGUCCUUGCAACAAUAGCUUUCGCUUUCCUUCUGCUCCCGAUGUGCCAGUACUUAACACGGCCUUGUUCACCUCAAAACAAGAUUUCCUUUGGCUGCUGUGGGCGUUUCACUGCUGCUGAGUUGCUCUCAUUUUCUCUGUCUGUGAUGCUUGUCCUUAUCUGGGUCCUAACUGGCCACUGGCUCCUUAUGGAUGCUCUGGCUAUGGGCCUGUGUGUUGCAAUGAUAGCCUUUGUUCGGCUGCCGAGCCUGAAGGUUUCCUGCUUGCUACUCUCUGGGUUAUUAAUUUAUGAUGUAUUUUGGGUCUUUUUUUCUGCCUACAUCUUUAACAGCAAUGUUAUGGUGAAAGUGGCCACACAACCAGCAGAUAACCCCCUUGAUGUUUUAUCCCGGAAACUUCACCUGGGACCAAAUGUGGGUAGAGAUGUUCCCCGUCUGUCGCUGCCUGGUAAACUUGUAUUUCCAAGUUCCACAGGCAGCCACUUCUCUAUGCUGGGGAUCGGAGAUAUUGUGAUGCCAGGUCUUCUGCUCUGCUUCGUUCUACGUUACGAUAACUACAAAAAGCAAGCCAACAGUGAUUCCUGUGGUGCCCCCGGGCCAGGGAACAUCUCUGGACGUAUGCAGAAGGUCUCUUACUUUCACUGCACACUUAUUGGAUAUUUUGUAGGUCUAUUAACUGCAACAGUAGCUUCUCGUAUUCACCGGGCAGCCCAGCCCGCCCUACUCUAUUUGGUACCUUUUACUUUAUUGCCGCUCCUCACCAUGGCCUAUUUAAAGGGCGAUCUACGUCGCAUGUGGUCUGAGCCUUUCCACUCCAAGUCCAGCAGCUCCCGUUUCCUGGAAGUAUGAUGGACCAGAUAGAAAGUGACCUGAACUUCUGCCUUGGUCCUUUUCACUUUAACUUGUGGCUUGGUCGUCUUCUAAAGCUGGACUGGCUGGUACUUGGGAAGGUACCAAUUACGGGACUUGUACGAAAGGACUUCGUAUUAAAAGGAGGAAAAGAAAAGAAAGCUAAGAUCCCGGAGCUGUGUGUGACUCCGUAUCUCCCUGCAGAUGUGGAACUGGGGACCCUUUGUGCAGCUGCAGCCACUUUCCUCUUUUCCUCACUCAGAUGGAUUAGUACCAGACUAUUACCUUUGAGAGAGGAAGAGACAGACUUGAAACUGAAAACGGCUUGAAGUCGUUCAAAAGCUUGUGAACACUAAAAGAAAAAACAGUUAAGCAAACUGAAGCUUCUUCAGAGAACCUCUCAUGGACAUUGGGACCAGUUUCCUGCUGGACUUCGGUUUCGAAAAGAACUGAGACAGAAGGUCUUCUGUCACAAUAUUGGUUUUUUUUGAUUUAUUAAAUAUUUCCUGUGGUGUGAGGUUACUUAUUAAAUCCACAGACAUUGAGUGACUUCUUGCAGUAUACAUAUAAAAAUUUGUUGUAACAAGUUACAUUUCCACCCAGAUGUCAUGUUGCAGUGAAAAAGGGCACGAUUUUUAUACAUAUAUAUAUACACACAUAUAGAUAUAUAUAUGAAUAAAUAAAAAGGAAAACCUGCUAAGAUCAUGCUAUGUAGCAGACAGGGGCUUGCUGUAAUUUUUAGCAUGUAGAGCAGUUUACUAUGGCUUUCUUGUAUAUGGAUCUACAAUGAGCUGCUGUUUUUUUCCCCCCCUCCUACAACUGAACCUGCAGUUUCAAACCAAGUGUAGUAUUUGUACCGAUUGUACUCAUGGACUUUAGGGGAUAUUUGAUUUUGAUCAAUGUAGCAAACUAGGGAAGAAAAAAGUUCAAACCCAAACCUGUUUGUUUGAGGGGGGAGGGGGUGGGGGUAUCUUUUUUGUUUUGUUUUGUUUUGUUUUUCUUUUAUGUUUCUACAAAUAGCUCCCUUGCAGGUUUUUAGUAGUACCUUCUUGACCCAGUGCAUGUAUUAUAGCAGCAAUUGUCUUUGUGCUUUCUGAUCAUAGUAAUGUAUCACUUGUAAAUACAUUUUUUUCUAUUUUCUA